AUGUCCGACUCCAAUCCUGACGAGACACACAAAUGCCAGAGCUGCAAAAAGGCAGAAUCCAAAAGUGUUCCCUUGAGGAACUGCUUCCGAUGCAAAUCGGCCAUUUACUGCUCUCGCGACUGUCAGAAAGCCAACUGGAAGACUCACAAGAAAGCCUGCGCCAGCAAUGCUCAAGCAAACACUGGCUCCAACAACCAGUCUGCGAGCGAUACUAACGCCACCCAAUCCACCAAAGCUCUGGAAGUUGACGACUUCCUGAAGCCGUUUUAUCGCCUCCACGCAAAGACCUGGCUCCAUGACCACACCGAAGAGGAAACCUACAAGCUACUAAUCGAUACCUACCGUCUCCGGCUCGACGACGUCUACACGUUCUCAGGGGAUAUUCACGAGGAUAGCAUCUAUGGCGGAGCAAAUGAUGACGGACGCGCUGGCUUUCGCCGGUUCCUGAAGAGCGUUGAACGCAAACCCCAUCUGCUGCCGACGUGGUGGACCCCAGCCAAAGCGGAGGAAUGUAUCCGGUACGGCACGAAUUCCGCAAACUGGAGCUAUCUUGGGUACGCGGUAGAGAAGCACGACGUUGUCGAGCAUUACGCAAACAACUUGAUGCGGAUACAGCUGCGCAUAUUUGGCGACCAGGUGCUUGGAACUAGACCUAGUGGGCAGAAAAGGGCUAGUAUGAUGAGGAUAGCAAAUGGACGUUGA